AUGCGCUAUGAAAAGAUUUUCACGUUGUUGUUGUUUGCACUUUGUGGAAAAGGAUACUGUAUCGUGGUUCGUAUUGAUAACUGCAAUACGUCAAAAUCCUACGUGAAUCAUUCUCUCCCAGACCGGCCCGAAUUUUAUCGCAGUAUACACUUACAGAAAGUGCAUUUAGUUGGUGAAAGUUUUGGAACAGUCGUCUUUUGUUUGAUCCACGAAAUCUAUAUGCAACUUAAAUAUUUGGAGACCAGAUUACCACAGCCAAUGGACGACAUCUUCUGCUCUAGACCAUGUAAACGGAGCAAAGCGGAGGAGGCAAAGAGAGAGAAAAGUUCUUUUUUGGUAAAUGUGAAACAUCAAAUGGACUGGUCGAACUAUGGGGCAGCUAACUUGAAGAUUCUCAAAUUGCUGCUUCACAAUUUUGUGGAAUAUCAAGAGCAGCGUCCUUUGCUAUAACAAUGUUUGGAACUUUUAUACUCAAAAAGACCUCGGUUGGAGACAGACCUCAAUGACAUUUUAAUGGACUGAAUGGCUGCAUUAUUUACUUUUGUAAAGGAUUAUACUCUUUUGAUAUUACUAAAUUAUUAAUAAAUUUUAACACAUUUUGA